GAGGGCCGAGCGGGGUCGAGUCCCGGGAGCGCGCAGCCGGCCGCAGUCACGCCGCCGUCGGGAGAGCUAGCACCCGAGCGCAGACGCGCCCGCCAUGAGGGAGAUUGUGCACAUCCAGGCGGGCCAGUGCGGGAACCAGAUCGGUACCAAGUUUUGGGAAGUGAUCAGCGAUGAGCACGGCAUCGACCCGGCCGGAGGCUACGUGGGCGACUCAGCGCUGCAGCUGGAGCGGAUCAGCGUCUACUACAAUGAGUCAUCGUCUCAGAAGUAUGUGCCCAGGGCUGCUCUGGUGGACUUGGAGCCGGGCACCAUGGACAGUGUGAGGUCUGGGCCUUUUGGGCAGCUCUUCCGGCCUGACAACUUCAUCUUCGGACAGACGGGCGCCGGGAACAACUGGGCCAAGGGCCACUACACUGAGGGCGCGGAGCUGGUGGACUCGGUGCUGGAUGUGAUUCGCAAGGAGUGCGAACACUGCGACUGCCUGCAGGGCUUCCAGCUCACGCACUCACUGGGCGGCGGCACGGGCUCAGGCAUGGGCACCCUGCUCAUCAGCAAGAUCCGGGAGGAGUACCCGGACCGCAUCAUGAACACCUUCAGCGUCAUGCCGUCGCCCAAGGUCUCAGACACCGUGGUGGAGCCCUACAACGCCACAUUGUCGGUGCACCAGCUGGUGGAGAACACCGACGAGACCUACUGCAUUGACAACGAGGCCCUCUACGACAUCUGCUUCCGCACUCUCAAGCUGACCACACCCACCUACGGGGACCUCAACCACCUGGUGUCUGCCACCAUGAGCGGUGUCACCACAUCGCUGCGUUUCCCCGGCCAGCUCAACGCUGACCUGCGCAAGCUGGCCGUGAACAUGGUGCCCUUCCCACGCCUGCACUUCUUCAUGCCCGGCUUCGCCCCACUCACAGCCCGGGGCAGUCAGCAGUACCGUGCCCUGACCGUGCCCGAGCUCACACAGCAGAUGUUCGAUGCCAAGAACAUGAUGGCUGCCUGCGACCCGCGCCACGGCCGCUACCUGACCGUCGCCACCGUCUUCCGGGGCCCCAUGUCCAUGAAGGAGGUGGACGAGCAGAUGCUGGCCAUCCAGAACAAGAAUAGCAGCUACUUUGUGGAGUGGAUCCCCAACAACGUCAAAGUGGCGGUGUGUGACAUCCCACCCCGGGGCCUGAAGAUGGCUUCCACCUUCAUUGGCAAUAGCACUGCCAUCCAGGAGCUAUUCAAGCGCAUCUCUGAGCAGUUCUCGGCCAUGUUCCGCCGCAAGGCCUUUCUGCACUGGUUCACCGGCGAGGGCAUGGAUGAGCUGGAGUUCACCGAGGCCGAGAGUAACAUGAACGACCUGGUGUCCGAGUACCAGCAGUAUCAGGACGCCACGGUCAACGACGGGGAAGAAGCUUUUGAAGAUGAGGAUGAAGAAGAGAUAAACGAAUAGAUGCUCUUUUCUUAGCCCUGAUGGUGUGAGCAUGGUGCCCUCUCAACCAAACACACGGCACUGUUCCCCAGGUUAUCUGGAACAGGGCACUUUGCUUUACCCGACCAUUGGCAGUCCCACCAGACCAGGGUGGUUUUUGUACAGGAACACUGAAAGCAAAGAUAGGGGGCUGUAAAAGGCUGAAGACAGAGACCACCUUCCGUUAAGUGCCCAGCCAUCAGAGUUAGCAGGGAAGUUAGAAUAAGGAUUUGUUUCUUCCUUGGUGAUAAAAACUAAAGCACCGCAGUGUUGCCUUAAUUGAAUACACAAGAUGGAACUUUGUGACAAUCCAUUCAUAAUAAAGUGCUAAACCUGUC